AUUAUAUAUAAAAGUCUCUAUUUUAUUAGUAUCCUUUUAUUUUAUUUUCUUCUAUUUUUAUUUUCUUUAUUUCAUUUAAAACAGAUAAAUAAGAAUGUCUAAAAACGCUGUUGGUAUUGAUUUGGGUACUACUUAUUCCUGUGUAGGUGUAUGGCAAAAUGAUCGUGUUGAAAUUAUCGCUAAUGAUCAAGGUAACCGUACAACUCCUUCUUAUGUCGCCUUCACCGACACUGAACGUCUUAUUGGUGAUGCCGCAAAGAAUCAAGUGGCUAUGAACCCUCAUAACACUGUCUUUGAUGCUAAACGUAUGAUUGGUCGCCGUUUCAAUGAUCAUGAAAUUCAAGCUGAUAUGAAGCAUUGGCCUUUCAAGGUGAUUGACAAGGGAGGCAAACCAAGUAUUCAAGUCGAUUACAAGGGUGAAAGCAAGACAUUUACACCUGAAGAAAUCUCAUCCAUGGUCCUUACAAAGAUGAGAGAGACAUCAGAGGCUUAUUUAGGUGGUAAAGUCGAUGCAGCCGUUAUCACAGUUCCUGCUUACUUUAAUGACUCACAACGUCAAGCUACAAAGGAUGCUGGCACAAUUGCUGGUUUAAAUGUACUUCGUAUCAUUAAUGAACCCACAGCAGCUGCUAUUGCCUAUGGUUUAGAUAAACAAGCAAAAUCAGAGACGAAUGUCUUGAUUUUCGAUUUGGGUGGUGGUACCUUUGAUGUCUCACUUUUGACGAUUGAAGAUGGUAUCUUUGAGGUCAAGGCUACAGCGGGUGAUACUCACUUGGGUGGUGAAGACUUUGAUAAUCGUCUUGUAGAUCAUUUUAUGCAAGAGUUCAAGCGUAAAUUUAAAAAGGAUAUGUCAGGGAAUGCUCGUGCUGUACGUCGACUUCGUACUGCCUGUGAACGAGCUAAACGUACCUUAUCCUCUGCUGCUCAAACGACGAUCGAGAUCGACUCCCUCUUUGAAGGUAUGGACUUUUAUACUUCCUUAACGCGUGCUCGCUUUGAAGAAUUGAACCAAGAUCUCUUCCGUAAGACGAUGGAACCAGUCGAGAAGGUCCUUCGUGAUGCCAAGAUUGAUAAGUCUCAAGUUCAUGAUAUCGUCCUCGUGGGUGGUUCUACACGUAUCCCUAAGGUUCAAAAGUUGGUCUCUGACUUCUUUAAUGGCAAGGACCCUAACAAAUCCAUCAACCCUGAUGAAGCCGUUGCCUACGGUGCCGCUGUUCAAGCUGCUAUCUUGACAGGUAACACAUCUGAAAAGACCGAUUCUCUCUUGCUCUUGGAUGUCGCUCCUCUCUCCCUCGGUAUUGAAACAGCAGGUGGUGUCAUGACCCCCCUCAUCAAGCGUAACACAACCGUCCCCACCAAGAAAUCAGAAAUUUUCUCUACCUAUGCUGAUAAUCAACCAGGUGUCCUGAUUCAAGUCUUUGAAGGUGAACGUGCUCGUACAAAGGAUAAUAACUUGCUUGGUAAAUUUGAAUUAACAGGUAUCCCACCUGCUCCACGUGGUGUCCCUCAAAUUGAGGUGACCUUCGAUGUAGAUGCAAACGGUAUCUUGAAUGUCUCUGCCCUUGAUAAAACCACGGGUAAAUCCAAUAAGAUCACCAUUACAAACGAUAAGGGUCGUCUCUCGAAGGAAGAGAUUGAACGUAUGGUGAAUGAUGCUGAAAAAUACAAGGCCGAAGAUGAAGCGGCUGCUGCACGUAUUCAAGCCAAGAAUGGAUUAGAAUCCUAUGCCUAUAACUUGCGUAAUACACUUCAAGAAGAGAACGUGGCAUCUAAAUUAGAUGCAGCUGAUAAAGAAAAAUUGAAUCAAGCAGUGAAGGAAGCGAUUGACUGGUUAGACAAUUCUCAAGAGGCCUCCAAGGAAGAAUAUGAAUCACGUCAAAAGGAAUUAGAAGAGAUUGCUAACCCUAUUAUGAUGAAGAUGUAUCAAGGUGCUGGUGGUGCCCCCGGUGGUGGUGCCCCUGGUGGAUUCCCUGGUGCUGCUCCUGGUGGUGGUAGUGGUCAUGAUAAUGGACCUACUGUUGAAGAAGUUGAUUAAAAUAUGAUUACAUAGUUUGUUGUAUAGCUUCUUAAACAAACAAACAAACACAGAAAUAUAUAUGUAUUCAUCAUUCAUCGUCUCUCUUCCUUUUUUUUUUUUAUUUUUCCACUGUAUCAUAUAUCGUCAUCACUUUGCUAAAUAUAAAUUUCAUAUAUAUUUGUUAGUAAUAAUAAUCAUAAUAAAAAUAAAUAAAACUUUGUUGUUAUUAUGUAA